AUGUCUUACCUGCAGCAGCAGAUUAACAUUUUCAAUUCAAGUGUCGUUUCAUCGGCUGGGCGUUUACCGCAACAAAAGCGCAUUAUCGGCAAUAGUCAACCCAUUUCGUCAACAUCCUCACAACCUACGUCCGCAACAGGUACCCCAGGACCGGCGCGCCGUCAUGACGCCAAUAUUGUGUAUUCGCAGCCUGCCGAUACCGGUACGGGAAAGGAUAUAAUGACCAACGUGCUUUACGCCAUCCAAAAAAUGAAAGAAAAAAAUGCACCGCUCACUUUCGAGGAUAUUGUCGGAUACUUAUCAUUGCAAGAACGGCGGCAUGAUCAAGGCUAUGUUCACGCUCUACGAAGCAUCCUUCAAGUUCAUGAUAAAGUAAAUUACGAUCCAUCAGGUGCCGAUGGAAAAGGAACAUUUAGUUUCCGACCGCCACACAAUAUUCGCUCGGAGGAACAAUUGUUGCAAAAGCUUCAGUCGCAGACGACCAUGACAGGUAUUCUGGUUAAAGAUUUGAAAGAGGGUUGGCCAGGCGUUGAACAGACCAUUGAUAAACUCGAGCAAGAGGGAAAGCUUUUGGUAACGAGAAAUAAAAAGGACAAUCAUCCGAAAAUGGUGUGGGCCAACGAUCCAUCCCUCGUGCAUCAAUUUGACGAUGAAUUUCGACAGAUUUGGGAAAAGACCAAGAUACCUGAUCAACAACAUGUUAUUGAGGAGCUUGAAAAGGCCGGCAUGAUUCCAACGAACAAGAAUAAAGUGGUAAAACCACGCCCGAAGGUUGAACAAAAGAAGACUAAAAAACCACGUCGGACCGGCAAAACCACCAACACCCACAUGAUGGGUAUUUUACGAGACUAUUCGCAUCUGAAACGCUAG